CAUCUACAGUUCAUCCUGAGUCUUCCCGGAAGCUACUUCAGUAAAUAAGUUGGAAGCUAGCUAGCUAGCUGGAUAAGAUAACACAUCUUGUCAAACGGGUGGCGUACCUUUGGAUAACUGGUGAAGCUGUCUGCAGUAUUAAUAAUAAACAUAUAAAGCACGGUCAGUCUACAAACUUUAGGAGAUUAAAUGACUUUUCGACAAGAGGAGUGCGCAGCGUAACAACUGCAGGCAGAAUGCAGCCAGGUGCUGGGGUGUCCCCGGAAGGCCCCCCGGUUGGGGAUGGUCGUGGAGAGCUUAUCCAGCUUCCACCCAAGGACACAGGCGGCUGUGAACUGUCUGACCUCAGCAGUCCAAGAGCUCUGACCUUUGACCUCAUGAACAUGGUCAUCUCCUUCAAGCGCAUGGUGAUCUUCCUGGAACCUGUGAAUGAUACAGUCGAGCUAGUGCGCUACUUGCUGGGAUGGAAGAUGCCAGUUUUCUCUCUGCUGUUCUGCAUCCUUCUGAAUGUCCUCUUCCUAACACUGAGUGAAGUGGCCUGGUUCUCCCUGCUUCUGCUGGGCGUCUCCACUCCAGCUGCCCUGGGCUACCUGCAGGACCGCAGCCAGAGCCAGGCCACCGAGGCGGCCCUGCAGAGGAAGAGACACCACGCCGUGCAGAGGAGGGACCUGCAGACCGUGCACCUGACCAGGCAGGAAGCCAUGCUGGAGGUCAAGGGCCUACUGAAGCAGCUGGAUGAGAUCUUGUCUCAAGCGUGCGUUUCCGCAGAGUCUGUCUACAGCGUGCUGUACUGGGAGAGCCACACGGCUUCCUCUUUGUUUUACGGGAGUCUCAUGGUGGUGCUCUGCUUCCUGUACUUUGCCCCUCUGGGCUGGGCGCUGGCCAUGUUCAACAGCGCCCUCUUCCUGUGGAACAGGGACUUCUGCCGAGUUCUCCUGGAGCUCAGGGAGAUGUUCCGCCAGGGCCAGGCCCCUCCAGCCGAGGGAGAGCCGGAGAACCCGGAGCCCGAACCGACCAGCUUUGUGGAUCAGACCCCCACUCCCACCAGCCUCGAGGACCUCUCACCAGGCAGCAUUGAGGAGGCGGAGGAAGCCGAACCGGAUGAGGAGUUUAAGGACGCCAUCGAGGAACCUCCCCUUGUCCUGGUGGAUGCCCCCCUGGCCUUAGUGGUGAGACCCGCCGACUGGCUGCCAGAUCUGCCCUGGAGACACGUAGCCCCGCCUCCGGGCACGGAGACAAAGGAGGACGACGACGUGCCUCCGGGGGUCCCCGAGUUCGACACGCUCUCCGACAACGGCCUCCUGAGCCGCAACGAGCCCAUCCGCAGCAAGGUGUCCAAGCUGACGGAGAAGCUCCGCAAGCGCUACCCCACCAACAACACCGGUAACUGCUCCAACUGCGCUGCUGUUUUCUCUGUGCUGAAGAAGAGGAGAAACUGCAGUAACUGCGGCAAUAGCUUCUGCUCACGCUGCUGCUCUUAUAAGGUGCUCAAGUCCUGCAUGGGAGCUACAGCUCCCGAGGCCCAGAGAGAGACCGUAUUUGUCUGUGGAGCGUGCAACCUGUCCCUCAGCAAGUAGUAUUUUCGGAGCACACGUCGUUCUUUCCGUUAUUCCAAAAUUUCAACCCCUCGCCCCCGUCUGUUUCCCCCCAAACUGUGCACCCUGUCCCUCAGCAGGAAGGAUUAAAAGUGGACUUUAUUUUUUUUGUCUUUUUCAAAGUACCACGUCUACCCUUCCCCAUCCCAUCGUUCCCAAAGCAAGAAGGAUUACGUUUCUCUCUCUCUCUUUCUCCCUCGCUCUUUCGUCAUCUGCUUAGUUGCCCCCGUUUCUCGUGCCUGGGAGGGAACUUGACCACUCUUCUCCCAGGUGGCUACAGCCACUGACUGGAUUCAAAUGACUGCAGUCCCGCCUCUUCCACAGUGACAUGAAGCCCCAUUGGCCUGUUCUGAAUGGCAAAAUGCCCCAUUGGCCAGCUCUCUACCAGUUAUCAGGCUUUCCAAAAAUAUGCAACACAAGCAAAUGGUUGUACUCAUUUAAUGGGGGUAAGCCAAAAUGAAGGGGAUUCUUAAAUGCUUUUGUGGGGAAUUAGGGGCUAGAAUAAUCUAUUCUGCGAGUGGGAUUCAGUGAAGGGACAUAACCAUAAUGUCGGUGGUACCCUCUUAUUCACAGUUUUGUCCCAUUCCGAAAGCGAUAGCUUCAUAUCGUUUCUAUAUAACCAGAAUUUAUGUUAAUAUUAUCGUUUCUGCGUAGCCCUAAAAAAAUCCCAGCAUCCUUUGUGCGGGCUAGGCACGAGAAAUUGCGGUCCCGUAGCCAUGACUGUGGAAUGUGGAAUGUAAAUACGAUAUUUGGCUUGUUGCAGAAAUCAUGUCAGACCAUCAAAAAAUGGAAAAUUACUCAGCCCACAGCAUCGCCCGCCAGCCAAUCAGCUCUCAACAAGGAACACUCAAAGCCCAAAUAAACGUGGCCUCUCCUGUCUGAAAGCGCCUGCCAGGGCUUUUGGAUCAGACGGGUUUUGAAUGUACAGGAUAUAUAAAACCGCCGACUGGAUGACCUCAGGUCAGUUUGAGUCAAAUGUGGUUUGAGCUUACAUGACACAGGAACCGAUGGCUUGCUGACCUCAGGUCAGUUUGAGUCGAAUGGGGUUUGAGUGUACAUGUCACUGGCACCUGUGGCAGAAUGACCUUUGAGUCAAAUGGGGUUUGAGUGUACAUGUCACAGGGACGUAUGACUGGCUGACCUCACGUGCUGCACAUUUGUUCUACUGGAGGCUUUUAAGGAACAGAGCACUCUUUGCCUCAUGGUCUAGUCCCAUUCAAAACAGAGGCCCCUAAAGCAGUGGAAUGGGGGGGCUUCUCUCCUGUCCACAGCUGUUUGUUCAUUUGUCUUUGCUCCUCUGUGUUCUGUCCCUCUGGCCACUGAGCUGCUGGGUCAGAUGCAUCUGCUGGGCUGUUUGGUUUGGCGCUGUUUGAGCAUUACCGAAUGGUGCUGGAGUUCCACCCUGUUUUCUUUCUCCUUUCGAUGCUGGGUCAAAAAUACAUAUAAUAUAUAAUAAGAAUAUAUAAUAAGAUUUCUUUCAUGCAGAAUACAGUGAUGACCGUCUCUACACAACAUACAUCCUUUGGUUCACGAAGCACUGCUGGUUCAUGUCACCUACCUGAUAUAUUCUUCCCAAAGAGCUGAUGCAGGAUCAGCUCACCAAACUGUAGUAGUCUCAGUCAUUCACUGGAAUAAAUCCUGAAACUGAUCCCGAGUCAGUGCCUGGAGCUCUCCCAGUUGGGAAUUCUGUGUGGAGGAGAAGUAUGCCUUGCCAUGUGGCACAGCACAGCGUGGAGAGCUGUGUUUCUGUUUGGCAACUAUACUGAUAUUCCUGUAGUUGCCCCCUCCCCCACCCCCCUACUCUUUUCACUGAGCACGCCCAGGCUCGCGUCCAAAAUGAAAGAUCUCAUCGUGCAAAAACGGCCUAGAGCCGCUCGACGGUCCUCACGUAGCCCAGCAAAGCCCAGUCUGGACCGAUGUAAAUUCCUGUUCUGAUUCUCUAGUGAAAGUGCGGUGAGGUUUCCUUUUCCGCAAAUGAGUCUUGAUGUUUGAGGAAGAUUGAUUAAGAACAUUGUUGGGGAGAUGCCUCUUAUAUAUAUAAAACGAAAAAAGAUUGAUAUAAAACCAAAAAAGUUGAACUUUUUGAAGUGAAUACAGACGCUGUAUUUCCUCUUGUAAAAUAUCCGGAAGGACUGGAUUAUUGACUUUAAUUUCAUAAUGGGAUUUUGACUAAAGCAGUAAAAAAACAGUAUUCUCUGGGUUGCCAUCUCCGUAUUUCUGUCUAAAUAAUGUCAGACAUCAGACUGAGUAGCAUUCUGCAUCCUCACAAGUGUUUUCAAAAAAUGGUGCAUUUUCUUUUAAAUAAUUUAUAAAAAUAAGUAAAAGCAACAUACAGCAUAUUGGACUUUCUUUUACCACGACUGUACACAAGACUGUACUGUACUGCACAUUGCUGAAGUUACUGUAUUUUGGUUCUUUAAUCUGUACACCUGUAUAUUUGAUUAUUUAUGUAUAUUUUGACAUGGAAAAAUUCACCCGUUUCAUGUACUGCAAAUAAAUGCUUACAGCAGUAUGAUGGAUAUUUUAAAA